ACGGAGGGAAGACCCGACUCAACCGAGCGCACAGUAUGCACUAUCGACAUAGAACUCCUAUAGGAUCAGAAGCAAGUCUGGAGUCAGUCCCGGAGCGCAACCCUUUAUCUUUAUUCCUUCAAACUGGACGGAACGACGAAUGUUGAACUGGAGAUCUCAUCACUGAACGACACAUUUGGAUGAGUCGAGUCCAUUGACAUCUAUAUAGGGAUAGAAAUAUUGUCCAGAUCCUUUCCAAAUAAGGCUAUUCCUUUUUGAGGAACCCAAGACGCGCAUUCUCCCAAGCACAAGUGGCUUGCUUGAACCAGCAUCGUGGCUACUCUUCCAGCAGUGGCAUGUUCGAGGGAUAAAGCAGACACAAUUGAACUCCUACUUUCACCCAAAGAGGAUUCAAUGAAAAUGUCUGUGUGCGUCCAUGAGAACCGCAAGUCGCGUGCCAGCACCGGCUCCAUGAACAUCUACCUGUUCCACAAGUCGUCGUACGCCGACAGCGUCCUGAUGCACCUGAACACACUGAGGCAGCAGCGUCUCUUCACCGACGUCCUCCUCCACGCCGGGAGCCGCUCUUUCCCCUGCCACCGUGCCGUGCUGGCCGCCUGCAGCCGCUACUUCCAGGCUAUGUUCUCUGGAGGUCUCCGGGAGAGCCAGGCCAGCGAGGUUGACUUCAGGGACUCCAUCCACCCUGAGGUCCUGGAGCUGUUAUUAGACUACGUCUACUCCUCACGCGUGGUCAUCAACGAGGAGAAUGCAGAGUCUCUGCUGGAGGCCGGGGACAUGCUGGAGUUCCAGGACAUCCGGGACGCCUGCGCCGAGUUCCUGGAGAGGAACCUGCACCCGUCCAACUGCCUGGGCAUGCUGCUGCUGUCCGACGCCCACCAGUGCACCAAGCUGUCUGAGCUGUCCUGGGCCAUGUGCCUCAGCAACUUCCCCGCCAUCUGCAAGACAGAGGACUUCCUGCAGCUCCCCAAAGACAUGGUGGUGCAGCUCCUGUCCCACGAGGAGCUGGAGACAGAGGACGAGAGGCUGGUCUAUGAGGCCACCCUCAACUGGGUCAACUACGACCUGGAGAGGAGGCACUGUCACCUGCCGGAGCUGCUGCAGACCGUCCGCCUGGCACUGCUCCCCGCCAUCUUCCUCAUGGAGAACGUGUCCACAGAGGAGCUGAUCAAUGCCCAGUUAAAGAGCAAGGAGCUGGUGGACGAGGCCAUCCACUGCAAACUGAAGAUCCUCCAGAACGACGGGGUGGUGAACAGCCCCUGCGCCCGGCCCAGGAAGACCAGCCACGCCCUGUUCCUCCUGGGAGGACAGACCUUCAUGUGUGACAAGCUGUACUUGGUGGACCAGAAGGCCAAGGAGAUCAUCCCCAAGGCGGACAUCCCCAGCCCCAGGAAGGAGUUCAGCGCCUGUGCCAUCGGCUGUAAUGUCUACGUGACCGGCGGGAGGGGCUCAGAGAACGGUGUGUCCAAAGACGUGUGGGUCUAUGACACUGUGCAUGAGGAGUGGUCCAAGGCAGCGCCCAUGCUCAUUGCCCGCUUCGGCCACGGGUCAGCCGAGCUGAAACACUGCUUGUACGUGGUUGGAGGACACACGGCCGGCACCGGCUGCCUCCCUGCCUCACCCUCGGUGUCCCUGAAACAGGUGGAGCAGUUUGACCCGGCGGCCAAUAAGUGGACCAUGGUGGCGCCGCUGAGGGAAGGCGUGAGCAACGCGGCGGUGGUCAGCGUCAAGCUGAAACUCUUCGCCUUUGGCGGAACCAGCGUCACCCAUGACAAACUUCCCAAGGUGCAGUGCUACGACCCGCAGGAGAAUUGCUGGAUGGUUCCCGCCUCCUGCCCGCAGCCCUGGCGCUACACUGCCGCCGCCGUCCUCGGCAAUCAGAUCUUUGUGAUGGGCGGGGACACAGAGUUCUCGGCGUGCUCGGCCUAUAAGUUCAGCAGCGAUACCUACCAGUGGACUAAAGUGGGAGACGUGACGGCUAAGAGGAUGAGCUGCCAGGCCGUAGCGUCAGGUAACAAACUGUAUGUGGUGGGGGGCUACUUUGGCACACAGCGGUGUAAGACUCUGGACUGUUAUGACCCGACGCUGGAUGCUUGGAACAGCAUCACUACCGUACCCUACUCCCUCAUCCCCACUGCCUUCGUCAGCACCUGGAAACAUCUCCCAGCCUGACCUGCAUGGCAUUCUGGGAUAACCCCACAUCUCCAUCCCAACCCCCCUCUCAUGAGAUUUCUCUGUUUUGCAUCAUCCACUGGAUUCCAGCUGUGAAGAUAGAAUCACACUCUUUAACUUCCUGUCUGUGCAAUAAAAAAAUAAGACUUUCUAAUUUUCUUCAUGAAAACAACUGAACCAUUGUAUAAGUGUGAAAACACACGAUCCACCCUAAUGCUACUGUGAGUUUACAGACGUUUAAAGAACCAUCAAUGCUCCUGAGAGGACCUUGUACACAGAAUGAUGUCAAU